ACAAGUUCGUGUGCAUGCUGUUCCUUAGUGGUAACUUUAAGCAGAAUGUCGACUAAAGGGGAGUAUGACUGCAUCGUGAUCGGGGCCGGAGUUCAGGGCUCCUUCACGGCUUAUCAGCUGGCAAAAAAGAACCAGAGGACUCUUCUGCUGGAGCAGUUCGUCCUGCCCCACACCCGAGGGAGCUCCCAUGGUCAGACCCGCAUCAUCCGCAAGGCCUAUGAGCAAGACUUCUACACCCACAUGAUGGAGGAGUGCUAUGAGCUGUGGACCCAGCUAGAGAGGGAGGCUGGUGUCAAACUGUACAGGCAAACAGGACUCCUGGUAAUGGGACCAGAGAGAAGUCAGAGUUACCAGAUGGUUAAGAACACCCUGCAGAGGAACAAGGUUCCUAUGAUGAUCCUGAGCAGCGACAACUUCAGUCAGCACAUCCCCCAUGUCAUCCUGGCUGAGGGAGAUGAAGCAGUGGUAGACAUAACUGCUGGAGUACUGUAUGCUGACCGUGCACUCAAGGCUGUACAGGGGCAGUUUCAGAAGUUGGGUGGGGUCAUAAGAGACAAAGAGAAGGUAAUGGACAUCAAGCCUGGCCCUGUUGUGACAGUGUCAACCUCCAAUGGUGUUUAUCGAGCCAAGCGUGUGGUGAUCACCGCUGGACCCUGGGCUAAUCAAUUGCUGGCCCACACUGGCUUACAAUUGCCACUAGAGGUGGUGAAGAUUAACGUGUGCUACUGGAAAGAGAAGGUUCCUGGAUCAUACAACGUGAAGCAACGCUUUCCUUGCUUCUUGACGACUGAGGGCAAGGAAGCCAAAGAGCACAUCUAUGGCCUUCCAUCCAACGAGUACCCAGGCCUGGUGAAGAUAUGCUACCAUAUGGGCAGUGAGACCGACCCAGACCAGAGAGACAAGCAAACUGACAGGUCUGAUAUUGACAUCCUGCAGCGCUACAUUGCCCGCUGUUUUCCUGGCCUGGUCCCUGAACCUGCUGUGGUUGAGAGCUGCUUGUAUACGCUAACGCCUGACCGUCAUUUCGUGCUGGACUGCCACCCCACCUACAGUAACAUUGUGUUUGGAGCAGGAUUCUCAGGUCACGGCUUCAAGUUUGGACCAAUCAUUGGCAAGCUCCUGUGUGAACUCACCCUGGGAGAAGUGCCCUCCUAUGACCUUUCACCUUUCCGAAUCAGACGCUUCCAGGCAAUGACAAAAUCAGCAUUAUAGAACUGAGACUGGAUACUCAGAGCAUCAACAUAGCGUCACCAAGUCUUAUCUUAAUAUAAAUGUAGUGUGUUUUUCACUUGUCAUUGUAAUUCAGCCCCACAAUCACAAAUGAUGUAUGCUUUGUCUGCCAGUUUAUUUGAUGUGGUCAGUAUGUGUUUCCAUCUCCACAUGAUGUGAUCAGGCGUGAAAGCACUCAGGCGUCAUGACAAUCUUUGGGCCCUAUCUCGCCCGGUGCAAAGUGGUGCAGAUGGCAGCGUAACUGUCAUUACUAGUUUUAGACCAACACAGUUGUCACUUUCAUAGCCAAUGUCCACAUGUUGUCAGUAGCAAAUGUACUUGCGCCCAUCUGUGCGUCCAUGGGCGUGUAGGUCUUACCCCCAAAUUCCACCAGAUACGUGUUGGUUGCAUCUGCGCUCCGGAACGGCAGUGGAGCUGAUACGUUUCAAUUCUAGUCAAUGUGUGUGCUUCCACCCACUGCGGCUGUGCUGCGUUCCGGCUCCGUCACAGCUGCGGUGCUCCGGAGCCCUCCGCAACAGAUACGCAGGACUUCUAUUUUUACCGGACAACGGAGCACAACGCAGCAAUUCAGCACGGAGCAGAUCGUGCGGGGCAGGAAGUUGUGCACAGAAAAUAAAAUACACAGUGCUCACGGCGGAUCAUAUUCCCUGCACUACACCUUGAAAACAUCAUAAUGGGCGGAGGCAGGCCUGAAGUCAACAGGUCAGAGGUUUUCAGAUGUCAUUUCACCCCGUUGACACUAGGCUUGUGCCGGUUUGAAAAUUUUCCAACCAGUUUGAUUUAAAACCAAAUAUCUAACCGAACCGAUAUAUCGAAUUAUAUACUUAAUUUUACCACUGGGGGUCACAUUUGAGCUCAUCUUCUUCUAACCGCUUCAUCCUCCUGAGGGUCGCGGGGGGGCUGGAGCCUAUCUCAGCUGACAUCGGACGAGAGGCAGGGUACACCCUGGACAGGUCCCCAGACUAUCGCAGGGCUGACACAUAGAGACAAACAACCAUUCACGCUCACAUUCACACCUACGGACAAUUUAGAGUUACCAAUUAACCUAGUCCCCAAUCUGCAUGUCUUUGGACUGUGGGAGGAAGCCGGAGUGCCCGGAGAGAACCCACACUGACACGGGGAGAACAUGCAAACUCCACACAGAAGGGCUCCCACGCCCGGGAUCGAACCGGCUACCCUCUUGCUGUGAGGCAAGAGUGCUAACCACCACACCACCGUGCUGCCCACACAUUUGAGCUAUUUUUCCCAAUAAAAGCCCAUUAUAAGUGUAAUGUACUUCCAACCCACUAGGUGGUGAUAAUGCUGUAUUAACCGCCAAUACACCAAAGGUCACAGACGGCCCAGUCCUCCCUCCCAGCAGCAGUCAGAGCAGGAGAUGUUAACCCCUCCAUGUCCAGACUGCAAGUGAAUCGCGCAUGCUGACCCGACCUGGUUUACAGUCAGGGCGGGAUUCAUUCAUUCAUUCAUCUUCUAACCACUUCAUCCUCUUGAGGGUUGCGGGGGGGCUGGAGCCUAUCCCAGCUACAUCGGGCAAGAGGCAGAGUACACCCUGGACAGGUCGCCAGACUAUCGCAGGGCUGACACAUAGAGACAAACACCAUUCACACUCACAUUCACACCUACGGACAAUUUAGAGUCACCAAUUAACCUAGUCCCCAAUCUGCAUGUCUUUGGACUGUGGGAGGAAGCCGGAGUGCCGGAGAGAACCCACGCUGACAUGGGGAGAACAUGCAGACUCCGCACAAUAUAAAUCACUGAAAGUAGGUUAAUUUGUAGUUCUAAACAUAUUCAGGGUGUUUUUUUACUCAGUUUUUGUCUCUCCCACGACGUUACUCCUCUCUCCUACAGCAGCCAUUACAAUUAUAUGCAUAUGGGCAAAUAUGCAAAUUAGUCAAUGACGUCAUUUAGCGACUUCUAGCGACUUUUAGGACAGCCAAUAGCUGCUUUUCUUACUGAGGAGUUGGCAACAGUGCUGCGGAGUCUGCAGUCUGCGGAUCCUCUGAGACAAACUAAACAAAACACAUGUAGGCUCCUCCACUUCAUUUAAAAACAUACAUAAACCUUAUUAAGUUGUCAUAAUGCAUGUUACAAUGCAAGAUAAGUUGAAUAUAGUCCCUUGACAUGCCGCUGAUGUGAAAAGCUCCCCCCCCCCCACCCGGUUUAUCCGGUUGACGUGAAUUAAACCGGGUGGAGUUCUUAAACCAGACCGAACCGGUUAAACCAGAAAUCGGCACAAGCCUAGUUGACACCAUGGACGAGGAGAUGUUAAUCAUGGAGGUGCACCAAGAUGUCUUUCUGCUACUCCUCUGGUUUUGUGGUUCUGUUUAUAGAAACUACAUCUUGUUACAUCGCGCAAUUAUGCAUGAAUUGGGUCGUGGGUCCUCGUGACUCCCGCUGUCCAGCAGAGCUGCACUGCUCCGCACAGCAAACGCAGCCGGUGGGGAUUGACGGACAUCCAGUGGAAUUCCGGCGUUAAAAUGAAGUGUAGUCUGGGGCACUCUUAGCAUAUUGCUGCUUUGAGACAGCAGAAAGCGACUGCGCCAUCGACCAACAAAAACGGUUCUGAAGUCAGAAUGGUGCAGUAGUUUCUUGCUGUAUAAAGGGGUCAUUAUUCACAUUGUAAGAUGUGCCUACAUAGGCAGGUUCACAACAGGCGAACACUCUGCUUGUUACGCUCACAGGAAUGCGCAUAUGGGUUACAGGUGUGUGAAAUAAUUCAUCUUUAAUGAGGAAAAUAUUAAUGACAUUCUCUAAAAUGUGAAUGUAGCAGAGAUCAGAGCAGAGCUGCUGUCCAACUUCCUGCUGCAUUUACACAUGAGGAGCAGUGUAACUUAAGUGAUUUUUUUCAGAUGGUUAAAGUGUAGUUCUGUUUUCUCUGUCAAGUUUCUAUCUACAGUUUUUAGUUUUGCUGCUUAAAAGGACCACGAUAUUUGCAGCAGUGAGAUCACUGCUCUUACUGCAUCACUCUCAGCAGAAAACCACUCACCGCUUCAAUGUGCCGAAUCCACCAUGUAAACAAACAGCAGUGCAGGCACAACUGGCAUUUAAAGGGAAUGGGAGAUGACACUCUGAUGUUAUACCCAAAGCACACCAAUGUUUAGUUAGGGGACUAAAUACAACCCCUUUGCACCCUGUGCUUUACUGUGCGCCCAGAUUAUGAGCUGUUUAUCAAAUUCACUUGCAUUAUGCACUUUAGACCAUGUGCUACAUUAUCAUUUAAAUAGGGCCCUGUGUACUUAUAUGAACUUGCAUAAACAGGUAACAAUUGGAACUCUGCAGUAAUCUGAAAAUUUUGGGAACCAAGUUCAUUUGUUGUCUUGUCGGGAGUGAGAUGAGAAGAUUGAACCCACUCUUGGAGCUGUAUGCUAAAUAUGAAGACAGACAGAAGGCAGUUAAUCUUAGCUCAGCAAAAACACUGGGAGCACAGGGAAACAGCUAGCUUGGCUUUGUCCAAAUUUUUUAGAAAAUCUGCUCUACCAAAAUUUUUACAUUUAGCUAAUUACUGUAAUUCAUCAUGUUUAUUUAAUUCAUCAACUACCAGAAAUAAAAAAUUAAAAAAUGGCAUGUUGUGGUUUUACAUAUGCUGAAGAGAAGCACCAUGUACAGGAGAGACCUGGUUUCUGUAAUUCAUGUAGCAGGCAUGAGAGAAACCUGAUUCCACAGCUAGAUCUCCUGGUGAGAGCUUAUUUCUUGGCUAUAUAUAGCCUACUGUACAUGUGACCAGGUUUAUAUUCAACUUUAACAUGUAUGCAUGUGCAUGACAACGACUUCAGACAAAGAAAUGAUCACUAUAAUGGCAGCAGGAUGAAAGGAAAAAAUAUAUAAAUAUAUAAUUUAGCAAUACAAACUUUUAUUCAAAAUAAUUAUAGUGUGGCUAAAACUGAAACUGAUUCUGAUUCUAAAGUAGCUUAAAUGGUAAAUUGACCUGUAUUUGUAUAGUGCCUUUCUAUGCACAUUCACCCAUUCACACACACAGUCAUGCGCUGGUGGCCAAGGCUACCAUGCCGGGCGUCACCUGCUGCUCAGUUUUUAGCACACUUACACACCGACGGAGCAACCACUGGGUUCAGUAUCUUGCUCAAGGACACUUUGGCAUGUGGAAUGGAGAAGCUGGGGAUCAAACUGCUGAUCUUCUGAUUGGUGAACAACCUGCUCUUGACAUUAAACAUGUACAGCUCACCAUGGUGUGUUUACUCUGCAGUGUGAUUUGACAUCCAACCCAUAUUAUACAGAUUUGCAUUUGAAGGAAUAAAAGAGGAAACAGCCUGUAGAACAGGGAUGUUUGUUGUUCUCCAAAGCAACAAGAACCAUAUGUAAUGAACUCAGAAUAAUCUAAUACUGCCUUGAUUUUGACCAGAGAACCAACAUCAACUAGUCUAACAUCAUCGUGCAAUUGUAAAUCCACCCAUCUGGGACAAAUGGUAAAGCAAAAAAAGCUAUAAUCUUAUUGGCAUGGUGUAUGAUUUAAUGCAUCAGUAAACCUCCCUCUUGCUGUUUUCCCAGCAUUCACCAUUUUGCCAACUAAGUACAUGGUUAAAAAGACAUCAGCCACCAAGCCAUUUGUCUAUGUGAAGCCAGCUGCGUGCUUAGGCUCCAGAGGUGGCCUAUUGCCUGGAUCUAUUUCCCCAUGUACCGGUAAACAUUUUAAUCACUAAUCAGACGGCCUAUUACAAUGGAUGCCAACCACGGCCAUCAGCGGGAAUGGGAAAAUUAUGCAGUGAAACGGCAGAGAUCAGCGAGCCAUUUGCUCCCUUGCCUCUAAGUGACUUCAGAUGGAUAGCAAAAGGGCCAUUAUGCAAAUUGAAAGAAUUAGAAGUACAUUAAACAUGCAAAUGCAAAUAUUCAACCACCAAUAAUCAUCAAGCAGGGCCAACUGAAACACCUAUCUGGAACAUUGUCUAGCUUGUAAAAUCCCACAAAGCCUUGAAAAAGCCAACUUUUUUCUGCACAUGAUUCUCUAAGGUAAUGGCAUCCAGUCUGCUUAUUGUGUCACCGUAGCAGAGUUCAUGCUGUACAUCAGUAGCUAGCAGAGGCAAUGCAAAGGGGAGAGAAACAUGGAACAGAUCUCAAGUAAAUGGAUGUGAGUGCUCAGUGCUCUCAGAGCACAGUUUUAUCUAGAAUUAUUCAGACAGAAGAAUAACUCAUUAAAGCUGCAUUAAUCAAGACUUUUAUGUUAACAAUUGAUCAUAUCAGUUGUUAACAUGUGCGAUGUGAAAGGGCUUACUUGCAGUGAUGUGCCCACAGAGCAUUAUAACCAACCCUUUCCUGCAGCUCUACUGAACAUUUUAGCAUCCUUGAGCUCAUUGUCUUGGCUUUCCCACUGUGCACACUGAGCUCAUCAUCCUGGUUUCCAGCAGCAGCACUGUUUUCAGUGACAAAGUAAAGCUGGUAAAGCCAUUGUAAACUACCUGCUCAGCAGCAAACAGUAGACAGACAUUCUUAGAGACUAGCUGCUGAACACAGUGGAGAAUUUAGCAGCUAAAGAGACAGAUUUUUUCCCAGGAGGUGGUGGCGACCUUACCAGAGGUGAAAGAGAGUGAAAAUUGAACUAACAUUCAUCCAGUUUUAGUGGUAACACAUUAGAAAAGUCACACGUUACAGUAAUAUAUUAUGUUUUUAUAUUCCCCAUUACUAACAGGAUUUCAGGUAAUAUAAUUACAUUUACAGUGUCACAUAAGGCGUUACCAUCCUAUUGUUUUCAUUUUCAUUCAUCCACACUGAUCCACACCGCUCCAUUUCCACCAGUGUGCCACCAGAAAAAAUAUCAUCCAAAGGUUAUUGUGUCUUGUCAUGUCAUUACAGACUACAUCAUUGAAGGGUGCCGGUGAUAAGCACAUCUGGGUCAUGCCGUACUGUGCGUUAUCAUUUUCAGUUUGUUUCCAUUAAUGUAACUACAACGUUUACACCGCUUGCCGUUCUGCUUUUGCAUCCUAAGGCUGCCUGAAAGUAGUGGGGAUAAGGAGCUGGCCCCCAGUUUGUUUUUUUCCUCCCUUCUUAUGCAUAACUCUCUCCCUGGUGCUGUUGUAGCUGACCGACACCCCGGGAACUGGCAGGUGGGUCUUCCAACUCUGGUGUAUUAAUUUGCGCUCGUCAUAGUGACUCAAUUGCACGUCAUUCCAUUUGUUGUGCUAACCUCAACGUUUGUUUAUUAUAUAUAUACAGU